GGGAGGGGGCGGUGGGCACGAGCUGCCCCUCAGAUGGCUUUGCUUUGUGUCUUUCAGACGUACACAUGCAUAUACAGUCCUGUUUUAGAUGUUCUUCUAAGAAAACCCAGUUUUUAAUGUGCCAAGUUGUAUAUAUCUGCUGCGUGGAUGUAAAGCAAUACGGUAGUUACAUGUUCCUUUUUAACGGACCAAGCUUGUCCUAAUGUACAUUCUUGUUAUUAUGAUAAUUAUUUUACUCCUAGUGGAACAUGACUCAUUCCAUUCACUUUUAUGUGUUGAUUUAAAAAGAAAAAAAAAAAAGAAAGAAAGGAAAAAAAAAAAAGGAGGGGGAAAAAGGAGGAAAAAAAAGGAGGAAAGGAGGAAAAAAGGAGGAAAAAUGAGGAAAAAAGGAGGAAAAAGAGGAAAAAAAAGAAAGAAAAAAAAGGAAAAAAAGAAAGGAAAAAAAAAAGAAAGGAAAAAAAAAACCCUUUGAGAAAAAAAAAAAUAUUUUAUUAAAAAAAAAAGGAAAAAAAAAAAAGAAAUAAGAAAAUAGUUUGGAAUAUUUUCUUACUGUAGAGAAGCACUGUACAGAACCAGGAACCCUGAGUAUAAAAUACUCGUGCGUGUCGUAGGAAUAUCGCAUGUCCAGCCCUCGAGUUGUCUCAUGAUUCAGUUCCAAACAGAAAUCAUUGUCUCCAAUGGUGUCAAACACUACGAAACAAAACGUUUUUAACGAAUAAAGUGCGUACAGAAGCGAGGCAUCAGCUCUGUCAUUUUAUCUUUCUUUUGUUGAAAGACUAAAAACAAAAACAAAACAAAACAAAACAAAAAAAAAAAACGUUUUUUAGACAAUCAAAUGUUAGGUAAGUGCAAAGAAUUGUUUUUUCUUACUGGUGUAGAAAUUAAUGACCUUUUUUUAUUUCUUCUGUUGUUUUAUAAUAACGAGGAGACCCGCUGUGUCACCGGGAUCGCUGUUCUGAGACCAGGAAGCACUACAUUACUGCAAAUAGAUAUGAACUCUUUAGUCUGCAUGGGUGUAGGCUGUGUGAUUGCUGAAAAUAAAUGCUGCUAAUAUAUUUCCUUUUUACAAAGCAUAUCUAAAUAGAUCAUUGUUUUGAUGUUUAAUCUUUGUAAAUUAUGUAUUACCAAUUUUAACAUUGGAUGUAAUUGCAUAAAAAGAAAGAAGAAGAAAAAAGAAAAAAAAAGAAAAAAAAAAAAAAAAGCCUGCAUCUCAAUCCUGAGAGAGUCUAGUAUUAAAUGGAAAAUCUUUUCCUAUCGAUGGCUUUGUGGGGUGUUCUUUGGCACGUCCCCCCUCCGCCUGCAGUGCCUCCCCCUUCCCUUCCCCUCCCCCCCCAUCGCGCCGUGCCCCACAGUAAUGGCUCUGGAUGUGUCUCUUACAGAUCUGCACUGCGAGGGCAGCGAUCACUGCUGGCUGUGCUCAGCCCCAGGCAGAGGGACAGCGUUGGUAGGCAGCUGUGGCAGGUUGGUACACGUGGAUGGAUGUGGCAGUGCAGAGCUGUGGCAGGUUGGUACACGUGGAUGGAUGUGGCAGUGCAGAGCUGUGGCAGGUUGGUACACGUGGAUGGAUGUGGCAGUGCAGAGCUGUGGCAGGUUGGUACACGUGGAUGGAUGUGGCAGUGCAGAGCUGUGGCAGGUUGGUACACGUGGAUGGAUGUGGCAGUGCAGAGCUGUGGCAGGUUGGUACACGUGGAUGGAUGUGGCAGUGCAGAGCUGUGGCAGGUUGGUACACAUGGAUGUGGCAGUGCAGAGCUGUGGCAGGUUGGUACACGUGGAUGGAUGUGGCAGUGCAGAGCUGUGGCAGGUUGGUACGUGUUUGGAUAGCGAUAGGACAAGGGGGAAUGGGCUUCAACUGAGGCAGGUGAGGUUAGGUUGGGUGUUAGGAGGAAGUUUUUCACCCAGAGGUGGUGACGCACUGAACAGGUUGCCCAAGGAGGGGUGGAUGCCCCAUCCCUGCAGGCAUUCCAGGCCAGGCUGGAUGCGGCUCUGGGCAGCCUGGGCUGCUGGUUGGUGUCCCUGCACACAGCAGGGGGUUGGAGCUGAUGGUCAUUGUGGUCCUUUUCAACCCAGGCCAUGCUAUGAGUCAAUGAUUAUAUGGGUCCUAAUGGUGCCCUUACGGGUCCUAACAGCACCCUACAAGUCCUUAUAGCACUCUAUAGGGUUCUCUGGGCAGCCUGGGCUGUUGAUUGGUGACCCUGCACAUAGCAGGGGGUUGGAAUGAGAUGAUCAUUGUGGUCCUUUUCAGCCCAGACCAUGAGAUGAGUCAGUGACUGCUGUGGCAGGUUGGUACGUGGGUCAUUUCACCUCCAUGAGCAGUGCCUGCUUCCAGAAUGCAGAAUGCUGCUGUCAGCCCCACACACACAGCUCAGUCAGCACAGUGUCAGAGCAGCGGUGUCACACACACACAGCCUGCACCCAAAGCAGUAUCCCCCCCACUACCUAAAGAAUCAUCUAGAAAGAUGAAGAGGUGUUGGGAGCUCCGGCCCUGCCGUGUGCUGCUCGGCCACGUGGAGCACAGAACGCAGCAGCAGAGAUGGGGAUUUGGGAGCACUGCAUCCCUUCGUGGGGUCCUUGGAGGCCUCUCCAGCCCUGCACUCCCUCACACUGCCGCCACCAACGGGCUGUGAUCCUCACAAAUCCUCCUUUAGGGGACUUCCUGUGGUUGAAAAGUAAUUCCUGGGAUAAAUGGGGUUUUUUUUGGGAAUUAAAUAGUGCAUGUUGAGGACCCGUUUUGACGUAAAUCAGUUUUUCUGUUUGCUGGCCUCUGUGGCAUUGUUAAAAUGCUGUGCUUGUCCCAUGCCCUUGCAUUGUCUCUUUUAAGCCAGAGGUACCACACCAUGCACUGUAGUGCUUUAAAAAAACAGUAAUUGGAAAAGUACCUGGAUUUAUCUCCUGCUGCUUUGACCUCAUUUCAAAGUCCAGAGGCAGCCGUGGCAUUCAAUCAAACCUACUUAGGGCAAUCCAGAUAACAUUCCAAUUAAGAUGUACCAUCCCUCGUCUAAAAGCAAAAAUUCCGGAGAGAUAAAUGAAAACGAGAACAGAAUAAUAAAAAAAAAAGAUGGGCUUUAUCCUCCACGCAGGGCACUGCUGCUGGGCUGAACUACGGCUCAUCUGCCACCCAAAUGGAACCGGGGCUGCUCCGUGUGCUGGGAGGGGGAGCAGAGCCCGGUCAGGGCUGUGUGUGGGGGGUGGGAUCCCCCUGAGCCCCCCGUGCUGCAGUCUCCCACCUCUUCUCACUGCAGAGCUCCGGGCCCUUGCUCCUCUUUGCCUUCCCACUGCUGGACUCUGCCCAGCACAUCCACGUAUCAGAGAGCCCCAUACAAAAUGCAAUCGUUGGGUGUAGGUUCACAGUUCAGGAGAAAACCCUGAAAUCCCCCCGCUCAGAACAACACCAGCUUUAACUCAGAGCAAACCGUGGGACCCUCUGCUCACGUUGCA